CGCGAAAAUGUGGAGAAUUAGCCUCCAUGCUAACUAAGCGCUGGUGACUGGAUAUGGAGACAGUGCGGCCCCUUUAACUACAGCGCUCUCGCUGACUUGUUGUUUAUCGGUGCUCGGUUGCCACCCUGGUUAGUGUCGUCCUCCGCCACUCCGUGUCUGUCUCCGGAGUGUGUGUGUAAGUGUGUAUGUGUGUGUGUGUGAGACCGCCGGUGGGCGAGUCGGGGUGUGUCUGCGAGAGGAAGAAGAAGAAGAAGAAGAAGAGCGAGCAGAGCACAAAACACACACAGCCGCACGAAGAAGCUGCCGAGCGGAGGUAACUAACAUGCAGGACCGCGGGGAUCGGACCCAUCUCCGACACUGACGGUCUGUGGGCGUGUUUUUAUUGUCUUCAACAAGCCAUGAAGAAACACCAGAGCCCUGUCAAGGCGCCAGCGGAGGUAACAGUGCCUGACACCGAGGCCACUGUGCAACAACUCAACGAGCUUUUGUCCAACGGCAGCGGCUUCUACAGUUUACCAGCACAACAUUUCAACGAGGUGUUUCCGAGGAUUUACGUCGGCAACGCGUUUGUGGCCCAGAAUGUGAUGCGUCUGCAGCGGCUCGGCGUGACACACAUACUUAACGCGGCAGAGGGCAACUCCUUCAUGCACGUGAACACCAACGCCGAGUUCUACGCGGGAACUGGGAUAACAUACCAUGGAAUAAAGGCCAAUGACACUGAACAGUUUAACCUCAGUGCCUUCUUUGAAGAGGCGGCCGACUUCAUUGAUAAGGGUCUGGCACAUGCAAAUGGAAAAGGAAAAGUGUACGUUCACUGCCGAGAAGGCUACAGCCGCUCCCCGACUAUCGUCAUAGCUUACCUCAUGCUCCGACACAAGAUGGACGUACGGGUGGCCACAUCUGCCGUACGACACAAGAGGGAAAUCGGGCCCAACGACGGCUUCCUGCGCCAGCUGUGCCAGCUCAACGAGAAACUAGCCAAGGAGGGGAAGCUGAAGAGCAAAUGAUAGAGAGCUAAUACUGUAUGGUACUCUAUCCCUCCUCAGGCUCCAGAGUCCGUCUGGGGAAAGAUCAUCCCAGGCCAGCACCUUCUCCACAAAAACACACACAGACACAAACACACACACACACUCAUUCAUAGUUAAAGGUGUGUAAUUGAAGGCAGAUACAUAUAUUAUCUUUCAAAAAUUUGGAAUCACUUCCCAUAUGAAUUAUUUUACUUCAUCUACAAUAAUAUUAACUUGUAUAGAGUACAUUUAAAUGUAAACUGACAGCCAACAGGUAUUUAUACGCAUUUAUGCAAUACUGUAAGUAUUUGGGGGAACAUAAUACUCUUAUUAUCUAUUUCCUAUAAAAAAUCGUCUUAAGUAAUCUCCACUAAUAAUAUAAGACCAGUUACUUUUACCUAAACUAGAACAUCAUAAUCAUGUUAUAUAUAUAUAUACAAACUGCAGCUAUAUUGGUUUCAUAUUUUUUGAAAUAUUGAUUCCAAAUUUUGAAUGGACAUGUAUUUACAGUAUGGUAGUUUUAAUGAUCUAUAAUACAACAUUGAACAGUUUGAACAGUAAUUGAAAGGUGUAACAAUUAAUGUUACACCGGUUACAACAGAGGUGUAACAAUAAAUGUAUUUGUUCUAAACCGCCAAGGUACAUACAUCACGGUUCGGUGCAUGCAGUCAUACAGAGAAAAACAUUGUUGUAUUCCUUUGUUGUCUGCAGUAACUGAUUAUUUCCCAGUAACACAGCCGUCAAAUGAACAUUAUCAAUAAGGGUGAUCAGAUACAGAGCAACCAACUGACCCCAGAUCAGUUUCUUAACAGCUUUGUUGUGAAUCCCAGUCUUAUAGCUACAAAAAAAACACAUAUUUGACCAAAACACUGCCACAAGUGGGGUUGCUGUAACGACUACUACAAUAUGUCUGAAAUAACUUGGUGCAGAUGUUUUUUGGGAUGCACUUAUAGUCUUUUGUCUUGGCUGGAAAAAGCUUGGAAACCCCUGACUGAAGCUGUUAACCAUUAGCAAGUAAGAAACAUGCCAUGCUAGUCUUAGCUCAAGCUAAUUGGUAUAUGAAACUUGCAUGGUGGUCUGGUUGCUUUUUUCACCAUUGUACCAAAAUUGCUCUAAAUUGUAAGGUCUGUAUUGCAGUGUGCACCGAAUCGUAACUUUUGUGUACCAUUUAACCCCUAUUAACGGGUGAAAUGAUUGACCGUGAACUCAUACACACCUAAAAACACAUGCACAAAGUGUAGGUUUAUGAACCUGUAAUUCUUGUGAUUGCCAGUGUAAAUGACUAUUUCUCAUGGAAACUGAUGUUGCAGCAGUAAUGCUAAAAGAGGGGGAUGGAGUUUUGUGGGUUUUAAUCUACAACUUUUACUCUGCCUUUUUUUUUUUUUUAUUCACCAUCUCUCACAGUAACGAGUGUCACUUUAUGACCUGUUACAGUAUGUGGCUUAAAGCAUUCCUAUUGCUGCCUGUUUGUAAGUCUAACGUCUUCACCUUUUGGAGCUCUACAGCCCAGGUCACUUUAAGAGAGUGUAGAUUAGAGCACAGUCCUUCCGUAGUCUCCCACUGCCGGGAAUUUCACAAUUUAUCGAUCCCAUUCCAAUUUGAACGUGGAGGAAUUUGAUGCUUAGGCACUUGCAGUCCAAUGUACACUGACCUCUAUGAAAAAGCACCGAAAUGACCCUUUUACAGUACUCUGCUAAAUCAAUGCCCUUGUUGGUAGGAAACCAGAUUAACUCUGCAACUGAUACUACCCAUGAGAUUCCCAACACGCCAACACUCCAGCAAUGUUAUAGUUUAGACGACUGACAGGGUAUUUAAUUUUGUGUUCACAUUAGGCUUGCUUUCCUAACAAAAACAUCCAAUAUCAGCAAAACAACAAAAUAACAUUUCUGUUUCUUAGUGACUGAGGAUGGCAUGGGUGAUGUGGUAGGUUAACAUUCCGUAUUGUUCAGAAUAGCACUGUCUUGGGUACACAAUGUGCUAAUAACUAGCCAGCCAUUUACUGAACACAGACCCAUAUGUCUACAGUUGAGUAAGCAUUGUUCAUUCAGCAUCUUUGGCAAGAUUUAUGCAGCAGUGACCUAGUUAUGCGCCCCACCGGACCUUUGAAUCCUUGUUUUUGUAGAAUCACACUGCUUUGAUACGCCAGUUGCUCACUGCCAAUCCAUUUUGUCCUCCGCAAGAUCACUGUCAAGCUGUAGAGUCCAAUCACAUUAACUGCCUUUCUGCCUAUGUGUGACACACUGCCCGUGUGUUUGCUUACAUAAAUCAGCACCCCUUUAGCCUGUCAAGUCGCACUGUAUUCAAAGGAUGAGGUCUAGCCAGCCUUGGUUUUAGUAAUGUAAAGAAAGAGGGUCAAUAGUGUGUGUAGUGUUUCACUGUCACUAGCAUUAUUAGAAUAGCAAUGAGAAUUAUUGAAGCUGACCUUGUCAUUGGGUCUCAGACUGCCCUAACAGCCCUGAAUAGGAACAUGUCUUUCCACUGACUGUAAAAGAGCUCUAGCCAGUUGCUCUCAGUACAUUUCGACAGUGUGCACAAAAUGAAUCUGAGCAUAGUUAGUUUAUGGACUUCUCACUAGCAUCUAACUGAACUCAUGACCCUGGGCCUUUCCCAGUAUUUCUCUAUUUCACUAUUUUCUAAAGAUUGAGGGUACUCAUAUAUUUCACUCAACCCACUAUAGAAACUAGGCCACAUUACACCACAAGAUGCUGUUUAUUACUAUUACUCCAAUUUCUAUAUUUAUAUGCUUACAGAAAUAUAUACGUGUAUAUACAUAUUUAGGUGUUGACAUAUAUGAAUGUAUUAUAAACUGUAUAGGCAUUACAAGUACAGUAUGUAUUAACUAACAGUUAUCUUAUUAACUUAUUGUAGCCAGGAUUUGCAUCAUGUUAAUGUAUACUCCCUACAAACAGAUUAUUUUGCAAUUAUGUAUUGAUAUAAUUUAUUUAGCUGUAAAUUUUCCCUCAGAAUUUAAGUCCAUACUUUAUUAUUCUAACAAUCUGGAGCCCUACACUUGCACCCUGCACCUCAUUCUAUUGUACCUGAUCCAGCCAGUUAAAGACUUCUGAAGCAGGUUAUGGUUGGACUACUCUUUGCUAAAGGGUUUCAGAUUCUUCGUGAGCAGCGUUGGUGACCACAGGCUUAAUACAUCUUUUUUUAAUCUAGUUUAAUCACACUGAUCAUGUCUGAGAGAGAGCCAGAGUCUGUCUUCACAGCUAACACUGUCACAGGCUACCUCACAUUCCUACCAUACCUGGCUGCUCAUGUUAUAUUUAGUUCUCCAUAACCCAUAAUUCAUAAAUGUCUUUGUAAAAAAUAUUUAUAAUAAUAAUAAUAAUAAAAAAAACUAAUAUAGAUGUAUUUACAACACACAUACGAACUAUAAACAUUCCUAUAUUGUAAUCUGGAGACCUAGGCUUUUGUAAAACCUAACCUACUGUAGUUACUGAAACUUGUGUGUCGUCACAAGAAGCAUACGGUGACGAGUGUGGACUGUGCUAAGUAAAAAGGUUAUGAUAUGAAAUAUGAUAUGAUAUGCUUUACUUCCAGCUUUCCUGCACUAUGUUAACUUGAAUAUAUGGACAUCUAUAGUCUAAAUCAGAACCUAGGAUUUUCUGACUAAAGAGAACUUCACAUUUUAGGAAAGUUCUUUACUGAAUAAUACGCUUUAAUAACCCAACAUUCUUAUAAAAGUGUCUAUAAGGCAAAUGAUUUAAAAACAAAUCUCAUCAUCGACAAAUGCGGAAUGUAGGAGCCUGUAUACUCUUGGCAUUAACAUACAGUUUGUAUUUGGAUUAGGGGUGAGAAUCACAGCGCAUCUAAUGAUGAAAUAUUAUUACAAUACGUUGCUUACGAUGAUGAUAUCUCAGUAUUGUGAUUUUGCAAUACUUUAAAAAUCACAAGACAAGACAGUUCUCUACGAUACCUUAUGGUAUAAAAUACUCUUAAAUAACAAAUAACAGGAAUUAUGGACUUAUUGGUGUCAGUUUCACAGAAUUUGACAUCCAAUAUUCCAGUAACUUUAGUAAAUCCAACUGGUGGGCGAGUCUCAAGUUUAUAUAUAUAUGUUUCAAUAAAUACAAUUUUAUUUGAUGCCACGUACCAAUACAAUUUUAAUAUAUUGUCCCACACCUAUUCUGGAUCGUAUAUUAAUAAAGUUUGCCUUGUCACUUAAAUGCGUCUCCAAUGUGACUAGAUGAGAACCGAUCUUAUGUAUUGAAUUUCUAUUUUACUUCCUCUACAAAACAGUUUCUCAUCUAAAUGAUCUUAAGAUGCUGUGAACAGUGGUGGUUCUGCAGCACAGUGGAAGAAUAGAUGGUUCUCACAUUCCUGUAACAGCUGUAAUAGACAGCGUAUCCGGUUAUUUAGACAGCAGGGAAAGUCACUCUGUAAUACUUGCAUCCGAUCACUUGGAAUCUGACCACAAAAUACUUAUUCGGAUUACACUUGUGAUAAAUGUGGAUGAGAUCCAUCUCUGACCACCACCAAAUAUAGUUUCAUAUCUCAGUGUGUUUUAGGAGUGUUUGCACCUAGCUUUUUAGGUAGACAAGUGAAAUCCAAACAUGAUAUGAUCACUAAAAAUGCAUGUCAAUGCCAGGAGUAAACAGGCUGUGAUUCUGUUGGUGUCUAAAACCAGAUCCUGUUAUAUUUCUCUUAUAUUACUUGUAUAAGAGUGUCACACUAUUUAAUGCCGAACCUAGGAUUCUUCUGAAAGUCCUUCACUAUCUAAAUAUGAAAAUAUUGUAUUCAUCUAAAGGUUAUAUACUGUCUAAAAUUAAAUUGAUGUAUUUAAAAUAUUUAUUAUAUCAAACCAAUUAGAUGUUUACUUCUUUUCACUGGAAACUAAGGAUUAGACGCACUGCUUGUUGCCUGUGAGCUCCUGAUGGUGUACUAUUUUAAGUAAAUUAAUUAGUGGAGAGAAACACUGCCACCUGCUGUUGGCAAACCCCUGUGGUUUGUAUUAAAAAUGUCCUGCUAGGAUUGUUGUUUAGUAAUUCUUAUGGAGUUGUAUUGUGAAAUGUGUAAAGCUGGUAAUGGUCUACUGUAUGGCUUAAUGAUGUCAAUAGUAUUAUAACAGUGAUUGCAAUGCUGCUUGACCAUCUGUAUUUAUGUCCCAUUUUCUAUUAUGUUGUUUUUGUUUGUUUGUUCUUAUAAGGAUGCUAUGAAAUCACAUUUUGAGCUGGUCUAUGUAAACCAAACUACUAAGAUGCAAUGCUA